UGAUAUAAUAACGGCAAACAGGCGGCUCAAUGCAGUCUGUAAAUCGGUCAGCCAGACGCCCACUGCGAGCCAACCAGCGUGGGGCAUUUCCGCACACGCGGGUCAGCUGAUCGAGACACGCGGAAAGCACCAACUGUCCGAACUCCACGAAAACUCCACCGCACGCAGACCGCACUGCUACUACGUUUUUGCCGCUUCACGGACCCACGGCACUCGCUUGCUCGCCGUGUCCUGCGUGGACUCCUCACUUCUCAAUACAUACACACUGAUCGAAAACACGCGGCUGCUCGGCUGUCAUUCCGAGUGGAGGUGAUGGCGCUCAGGGAGUCGCCGGUGGCUUUGAAUGGAACUCAUAUUUCCUACAUUGGACACGAUUGUAAGGACAUCCCAGACUUCCUUGGGGACUCUUUUGGAGAUUUUGCGAGAAGGUUGGACUUGAGCUUCAACCAACUCAGGACCCUGGCAGGCCUCAAAACGUUCACUGAGCUGGAAGAGCUGGUCGUCGACAACAAUCUGCUUGGGAAUGACCUCCGGUUGCCCAGGUUACCUAACCUGCACACCUUAACGCUCAAUAAGAACAAACUGACUGAUAUUGAAGCACUGCUGGAGCACUUGGCUGACGUGACCCCGUCCCUGGAGUACCUCAGCUUGCUGGGCAAUGAGGCCUGCCCAAACCAGCUGGUCAGCCUGGAUAAAGACGAGGACGACUAUCAGAGAUACAGGUAUUUUGUUCUGCAUAAGCUGCCGCAACUGAAGUUUCUUGACACCAGGAAAGUUACCAGAAAAGAAGUGAUGGAGGCCCAAGCGAGAGGAGCGUUCAUGAAGGUGGUCAAGCCCAAUUCUGACACUCCGCCGAACGAAGCCGGAUUUGAGAACCGCCCUCUGCCCUACACUCCUCUCCCCCAAGGAUCCAGAGAUGCUAGAAACCACAAAGGCGUCUUCGCCAAGUGCCGCUACAUCUACUACGGCAAGCAUUCCGAAGGCAACAGAUUCAUCCGGAACGACCAGCUUUGAUGGCGACGUCGGGUCCAGGAACAAGAGGGACAUUGGAGAACAUGGCUGAUAACACACGGGAAGCAAAAUAACGUUAUUAUUUAUUUACAUUCUGCUGAUGACAAUAGACAAAUCAUUGCUUUGACUUUGUAACAAAAACAUGUUUGAAGAUCGUAUUGGUGACUUCUGUGCCUGCCUUCUGCUCGCUCACACACACACACACACACACCGUCACAAACAGGUCCAACCUAUUGCGUGUCUCGGUCUGACAGCCAUGAUGGAUCACCCGUCCACUGCCGCCACUAAUCAAGGGUGAAAGGGGUGACGGUCACACACCUGAGACCUGACACGGACACAUCCGACACACAUACACACACGCACAAUAUAAACCACACAGACAUUGCAAAAUGUUGGAGAUUAUUGCAGUCUUUUUAGAUUAAAAAAAUGUUUACUCGUCUUCCUUAUGUUAGAUGGCUGAAGAAUGUCCCUCUUUAUUCAUGAAAUAUGUUUCAAUAAAUACAAA